AUGAGUGUAUGGCCACCGAAAACGGAUAAUGGUGGACAGCCACCAUUUAAAUACCCGUUUUCGUUUGCGCACCGAUCCGUCUAUGGUGGUGGUUGGACACGACAAGUGACUGUAAGAGAUUUUGCAAUAUCCAUAAAGAUGGCCGGAGUCCAGAUGCGACUCAUCAGGGGUGGCGUACGUGAGCUUCAUUGGCACGUACAGUCCGAAUGGGCCUAUACCAUAUCGGGAACGUGCCGUAUAACAGCAGUGGAUCAGGAGGGCCGAGCUUUUAUCGAUGAUGUCAGUGCUGGCGAUCUUUGGCUAUUUCCGGGCGGUAUUCCUCACUCAAUACAGGGCAUCGGAAAAGAAGGUUGUUUUUUCUUGUUGGUCUUCAAUGAUGGCAACUUCAAUGAGUUCACCACAUUUUUGUUAAGUGAUUGGAUGAGACACAUACCUAAGGAUGUGUUGGCCAAAAACUUUGAAGUGCCGGCCUCGACGUUCGGCAAUUUGACUCACGAGGAACUGUAUAUUUUUCCUGCCCAAUUACCCCGAUCAUUGCUGACUGAGCAGCAAGAGGUUAGUCAAGAGACUGGUUUUGUACCCGAAACGUAUGCCUUCUUUGCGAGUCAAAUGCCGCCUAAUGUUACACGACUUGGCGGUGAAGUGCGUAUAGUAGACGCCCGUAAUUUUCCCAUCACUAGUACGGGAAACAUAUCUGCAGCUAUAGUAACACUAAAACCGGGUGGACUGCGGGAACUUCAUUGGCAUCCAAAUGAUGACGAAUGGACUUACUUUGUUAAAGGAAAGGCACGAAUGGGUGUGUUUGCCGCCGCAGAAAUGGCCCGCACUAUGAACUUUCAAGAGGGAGAUGUCGGGUAUAUACCGAUAUCACAGCCUCAUUGGAUUGAAAACAUAGGCGACGAGGAUGUCAUCUUUUUGGAGGUAUUUCCCACACGAUAUUUCGAGGACGUCUCACUGGCCCAAUGGUUGGCGCAUACACCUAGUCGUCUGGUUAACCAACACAUCAGUACUGGAGAAGCGUUUAUUACGUCUAUUGAAAAGUUCAAAGCAGUUAUCAGACCGCUAUAA